GUGUCUUUGGUUGUGUCACAGCUUGUUUGUACUUUGCAGUUUAUGUUUUAAGUCUUACAAUCAAGUGUGUACAAGCAAAAGUUAACACUUCUGUGAUUUACUGAUGUGUUGCAUGAUACUCUUCUAAACGUAGUUAAUAUUUGAUCGGACGCCGGAAAAAAAUCGAAAUGAGUGAGGUACCAACACAAGAAUUUAAGUUAGACCCAGACUGCGAACUGAGAUUCGAGGUCGAAAGCAAGAACGAGAAAGUGAACUUGGAGCUGAAAAAUGGUGUUGCCGAAAUUUUUGGUACCGAACUUGUAAAGGGAAAGGCGUAUACUUUCACCACUGGAGCAAAAGUAGCUGUCUUUACUUGGAAAGGCUGUGUUGUGGAGCUGAGAGGCAAAGUUGAUGUGAGCUACAUUGCAAAGGAAACUCCUGUUAUAAUGUAUCUAAAUGCCCAUGCGUGCCUAGAAAAACUGAGAGAAAAAGCAGCAGAAGAAAAUACCCGAGGACCCAUCACUAUGAUAGUUGGACCUACUGAUGUUGGAAAGUCAACACUUUGUCGUUUGCUUCUUAAUUAUGCUGUUCGAAUGGGCAGAAGGCCUGUAUUUGUGGACCUUGACAUUGGCCAGGGACAGAUAUCUGUGCCUGGAAGUAUAGGUGCUCUUCUUGUGGAAAGACCAGCAUCAGUUGAAGAAGGUUUCUCGCAGCAAGCGCCACUGGUCUACCACUUUGGUCACUGUGGUCCAGCUGCAAAUCUGACUUUAUAUAAUAUACUAGUUACAAGACUGUCUGAAGUUGUCUCUGAAAGGAUGCAGGCAAAUAGAAGAGCAAAUGCCUCGGGAGUGAUAAUCAACACAUGUGGUUGGGUUAAAGGCGAUGGUUAUAAACUUCUGACACAUGUUGCCCAAGCAUUUGAAGUAGAUAUUAUUAUUGUGCUGGAUCAAGAACGACUUUAUAAUGAAUUAGUACGUGACAUGCCACCAUUUGUAAAAGUGGUAUUCCUUCCCAAGAGUGGUGGAGUCGUUGAGAGGAGUCAGAGUCAACGUGCUGAAGCGAGGGAUUCCAGAGUCAGAGAAUACUUCUAUGGACUUCGUUCUCCAUUGUAUCCACAUUCUUUUGAUGUGAGAUUCAGUGAACUAAAAAUAUAUAAAAUCGGAGCUCCAGCAUUGCCUGAUUCGUGCAUGCCUUUGGGAAUGAAAGCAGAAGAUAACCAUACAAAGCUAGUUGCAGUAACACCAGGACCUAAUCUGUUGCAUCAUUUGCUUGCUGUUAGCUUCGCUGCCUCUACAGAUGAUGAUGUCAUUCACAGUAAUGUUGCAGGUUUUAUAUGUGUAACAAACGUUGACAUGGAAAGGCAAAGUUUGACAGUGCUGAGCCCCCAGCCGAGGCCACUUCCAAAGACUUUAUUGCUGUUAUCUGAAGUACAAUUCAUGGACAGCCACUGACAUUAGGUGUUACGAACCAGCUGUGGAUGCUAAAUCAUAUAGUUUUGUCACCUGGAGUAAGGGUUCAAAACUACAAAAGCUUGGAGACUAUUGAAGUGGCACAAGGACAGCAAUAAGCAAGCCACAAAUUGUUGAGAAUGUUGGAAAGAAUUGAAGUUAUAAUGAAUGUGAUCAUCAGUAAUUAUGUGGCACUUGAUUUAGCCUUGAGUGAUGAGAUAUCAUUUAGAAGCAAAAUAUGUAUUCAUUUUAUGAAUGAUGCACUACACAUGAGUGGAUCACAGUAUUACCAAGUAGAAUUACAGUAUUUUCCCUGUACCUUGCACUGACCCACAAUUUUUAUAUUGUUUUGGAGGUCCAUAUCAUAGUCACUACCUGUACACAGAGACUAGACCAAUUAGACACAGUUGAAGUGUGAAGAAGGUUCCAUUGUGCAUCACCUUCGAACAACAUUGACACAGAACCAUUUAAUAUAAAGCUUUUGUUUGCAUAAAGAAUGUGUGAAUUUUGUCAGUUUGCAUUUUUGUCUGUGAGGUUUACAAAGUGGAUUAAAAAUAAUUUUAUUGAAGAAGGAUAGACUUAUGCAAAAAUCAUUUCUAUUUAUAUGGUCUGUUAACUGUGUAAUGCAUUCUUUUACACACAUUUUGCACUCACUCUUCCCCCCCCCCUCUCCCAAUACCAUUCACUUUAAGAUUCAAAUGGAGAUUUCUAAGUGUGGAACAGUCCACAGAAUUCAUUAUAGAAUGUGUCACACUUUGUUUGUUCGAAUAGCACAGUGAUUUUGUUCCUAUUUCAAAGGAAGCAGAAGCCUAAUAUGACUUGUAACACAAUGUACAUUUUGAGGAUGAGUGAUUUAGGUAUAUCUAAGUGUUGUACACUGUAUAUAUUGUUGUAAUUUUAUCUGGAUCUAGACUUUUCUAGCAUAUGAUCGUUGGCAAACAUUAUUAAAAAAAACUAGAACAUUUUUUUCUCCUUGGGAAUGAGAGAACAAAACCUGUUUACUAUCCUUACACAAGAGAAAAUGUAAUACUGCUGGUUCUUAUGUGUAUUGGUGUAUUCACUGGUGUUCUUGUGUGGAAAUGUAAUGUAAUAACUAAAGUCUGUGUGUCUCAUGCAGGGCUACAAUGUGUCUUGGUACAAAAAUGUAACACUGAGAUAAAUUUUUAUCACUCUGAUAAAUAUAAGAGACAGUGUAAUAUGGUGGUAAUUAUGUACAAAGAUUUUAUAAUAAUUUUGUUGUUGUCAUUUAAUAUGUACAUAAAGCUGUUUACACUGUGAUGAAAUUUAUAUUUAUGGCUAUCUGUGUAUUUAUAUUU